AUUUCGGGCUGUAUUGCCUUGUUCCGGAAGCAUUCUAUUCUGACGUUUCGCCCACCUUUAUGGCAGGCAUCUUCAAACGUUGUGAGAUCAUGCAGACCAAUAGCCUUCAUGACUUAUACCAGAGAGAAUGGCAAAAGAAUUACUUUGUUGCUACCUCUGACACCAGCAUACCAGCAGAGAAGGCAGAUGCAUAUCGUGCACAGAUUUUACGAAUUCAGUAUGCAUGGGCAAAUUCGGAGAUCUCUCAAGUUUGCGCUGCUAACAUGUUCAAAAAUUAUGCAGAAAAAUAUUCUGCAAUUAUUGACUCUGACAAUCCAGAAACUGGUUUGAACAACUAUGGCAAAGAUAUUUUAACUUUGGCAAGGUGUCAGCAAAAUGACAGUGAAAAGUGGCAAUCGGGCUUGGGAACAAGUAAUGUGAUGGAUCUAAAGUGUGUGCAAGAGAUAAUAAAGGCAGGGAAGAAAUCUAAGAGCUCUGUGAAGACGGAAUCAAAAGCAAGUUCUGCUAAAGACAUUACUUUCCCUGUUUCUUCAAGUCUUCCCAAACUUGGUCUUUGCAAUGGUGACAGAGAAUCUGUGGUGGAGGCUAGCUCAUCAAAUUGUGUAAACCAUGGACCAGAUACCACUGGGAGAUCUUCAGCUUUGAAAAUGCAACAAAAUGAUAAUAUUUCCUUGACUAAGGCAGGAGUUUUGCAUUCAUUUUCAUCUGUUCAAAUAAGUAAUGUUUCUGAUACUGCCUCUUAUGCAACCCCCUUAUUUCGGAACACGGAAUCAGAAUUUAAUAGUACUUUAGCAGCUGCAAAUAAUUCUGGUUUGGGGCAGAAGAUAGAAUGUUCUGUUCAGUUUCCUCUCUCUGAAGGGAUGGGCAAUCUGGGAAAAAGGAAAAGUGUUUUUCUGUCCACUGGGGAAAGUGAUAGGACAGCUUUUGGUGUCAUUCCUAAUAAAGUUAUUAGUACAGAAGAAAAGAACUUUGUAUGGAGUGGAGGGAAAAUGAUGGAGAACAAAACAUCUGGUUUCAAAAGUGCCAAAGAACAGCUCUGGGUGGACCAACAGAAGAAACACCAAAAUCAGCCUCAGCAUACAUCUCUGCCAUCUUAUGGUUGUACAAAAAAGUCUUUAGGAGCUGCAAGAUCUCGUGGUCCAUUUGGAAAGUUUAUCUCUCCAGUGCCAAAACAAGAUGGAAGUGGAAAUAAUGGAAUGCCAUGCAAAGCGUCUGGAAGUGGACCGACGGAUAUGGCUCAUCCAGUAGAUGAACGGCUAAAGAACAUUGAACCCAAACUGAUUGAACUUGUUAUGAAUGAAAUCAUGGACCAUGGGCCUCCCAUAACCUGGGAUGACAUUGCUGGAGUCGAAUUUGCAAAAGCGACUAUCAAGGAGAUAGUAGUGUGGCCUAUGUUGAGGCCUGACAUUUUUACAGGCUUACGAGGUCCUCCAAAAGGAAUUCUUCUGUUUGGCCCUCCUGGGACAGGAAAGACUCUCAUUGGCAAAUGUAUUGCAUGCCAAUCUGGAGCCACGUUUUUUAGCAUCAGUGCAUCUUCACUGACCUCCAAGUGGGUAGGCGAGGGAGAAAAGAUGGUCCGUGCAUUGUUUGCUGUGGCACGGUGCCAGCAACCAGCUGUGAUUUUCAUUGAUGAAAUUGAUUCUCUCUUGUCCCAGCGAGGAGAUGGGGAGCAUGAGUCUUCUAGAAGAAUAAAAACAGAGUUUUUGGUCCAGUUAGAUGGAGCAUCUACUUCUUCAGAAGAGCGCAUACUAGUUGUAGGGGCAACUAAUCGACCACAAGAGAUUGAUGAAGCUGCCCGAAGGAGAUUGGUAAAGAGACUGUACAUUCCACUUCCUGAUGCUUCUGCAAGAAAGCAGAUAGUGUCUCGUCUGAUGUCAAUGGAACAUUGCUCCCUAAUGGAUGAAGAAGUAGAUCUCAUAGUUAAAAAAACGGAGGGGUUUUCUGGGGCUGACAUGACUCAACUUUGUCGAGAAGCUUCUCUAGGCCCCAUCCGUAGUCUUCAGGCUGUUGACAUUACAACGAUCAAACCAGAGCAAGUACGAUCCAUUGCUUUUGAAGAUUUUGACAAUGCUUUAAAAACCGUGCGCCCCAGUGUGUCAUCCAAAGAUUUGGAAUUGUAUGAAACGUGGAAUCAAACAUUUGGGUGCGGAAGAUAAGGGGAAGGAAGCCAGAUCCCAUUGUGUUUAAUUUUUAUUGCUAUUGAUUUCAUGUGUUCUAAUAAAUAGGAAGUAAAUA